ACGCCCCUUUCCAGCAGAAUAUCACUGGAACGGAGAACAGACAAGAAAAAGCAGCUGCCGAGGGCGGAGGCGAUUCGAGUCGCUUUGCCGCCCCCAAUCUCUCUCCUCCUCUUCGAUCUUCUCUCAGAGAAGAAAGGGCAGCAAGAGAGAUCGCAGGGCAUUUUGCUCGCUUUCCGGCUCGCAGCAGCAGAUCUCGGAGGCAAAUGGCAGGGGUUCCUAGGGCUUCGUUCGGUCUUGCGGCCAUCAUGGUCCUCGCAUUGGCGAUUUUCAUCCCGGCCGUACGGGGCCAGGCCCCCGCUCCCACCCCCACCAGUGACGGGACAUCAAUUGACCAGGGCAUUGCUUAUCUCCUAAUGUUGGUGGCCUUGGUCCUGACCUACCUCAUCCACCCCUUGGAUGCCUCCUCCCCCUACAAGCUCUUCUAAGCCUCUUGGGAGUAGUAAAUUUUCUGCUCGUGAGGGAGGAAAUGCUUCUUGUUUUUUUCUCGUACUGAAUGUAAUCUGGAUCCAUGUGGUUGUGUAGUGUUGAAUUUGAACUUUUAAUAGAAUCAUCAUCUUGAUUUGUCCCUAA